AUGGCGCAGUGGGAGGAUUUCAGUCACAUUUUCAGCUUCAACAAGAAAUAUUCAUACGACACCAAGGUGGUCGACCAGAUCAUCUCGAACCGCAAGGCACUAGAGAACCAGCUCUUCGCUGAUCGACUACUUGCCCUAGCUGGCAUCAAAGGAGUGACCAAGGUCUAUCCGCCGAAGACCAAUGGCGACCUCCGAUCGCUCAUCGAACACAUUGUCUCCUCGGAACUAGAUAUCCACCACAAGCAGGCCUUGAUUUAUUACAUUCUCAAAGACUGUCGCAGUGCGCCAGACGCCGCGGCGCAUUUUGCCCAAGACUGUCACCUACCGGAGAAAUAUCGUCUCUUCAUUGAGGGACUCUGGAAUUUGGACCGUCUUGAAUUCAGACGCGCAAUCGAAUUCCUUGCCGAACCCUCCCUAAUUCCAACUUUCCCCGAUGAGAUUCUCUAUGUCUUGACUCUCUCGCAACUUCCCAAGCAUGACGAUAGUCUCGCCAUCGCCUACUACCUCACCGCCGCUCCUCCUCUCGCCACUGAGAAGGUCCAGCGGGCCUUCUUUGACACCCUUUGUCGGUCAAAUGUGACUGAGGCAUUCUACUUUACACGAAAAUACGACGAGUUGCAACGUCGCAGUUACUUCGAGCAACUAGUCGAGUUUGUACACAAGACACCGGCGGGCCAGACACGAAGCAAGCGUGCGAUGGAGCUUGUCGGCCUGCCAUUGGGAGAGGAUGAAGAAGAAUGGUUCGAGGAAACCUUGCUGCAUGGAGGUGCCAAAUCCUUCCCCGGGGCAAAGGAUACCGUCAUGAUGCGACGCCUGGCCACUGGGCAGAUGAGCGGCCUUGGGACAGAGCUGGAAUCCCUGGGCGGCAAGAAGGUAGAUGGGUUGAACUGGGAUACACUGCGCGAGAGCAUGCGUCAAACACAAAACGUAUACCCUUCCUAG